ACGCAUGCGCAUGUCACCUCGGACGUGAUAUUUGAAAGUUGUUGAUAUUUUCCGAGUUGGAAGAUCAAUCUUUGAAAACAUCAGGCUCCUUCAACCAUGUCGUCCAGAUUAGGAGGUAAGUCCUCUCCCAUCUCCCCUGUCCUGUUCCUGGCAGUAGACGGUGAACCCAUGAGAUUCUUCCUACGCCCCGGUCCCACCAAGGUUCGACUGCAGCCCGUCAUCAAGGCUGGUGGAGGCCUGGUGUGCAGGGCCCAGGAGCCUGGGGCUUUCCUACUGAUUGACCCAGAGGAGAGGGGGUCCGUGGCGGGUUCGGCAGCCCACUGGUACGUGUCCACCCAGUACAUCCGGGACUGCAUGGAGAAGAAUCAGCAGCUGGAGGUGGAGGAUUACCGCUUCAAGCCUGACAACGUAAAGGCAAACGUCCAGACCAGGUCAGGGAAACAGAGCGUAGGUAGUAUCGGACGAAUGGGCUACACUCCGGAGGAGGAUAAGGCCAUUAUGACGUACAUCUGUGAGCACAAGCGUGAGUCGCAUGGGAACAAGGUAUGGCAGGAGAUGGCGAAGAAUGGUCUGACCUGUCACAGCUGGCAGUCGAUGAAGGACCGUUACCUUAAACAGCUCGUUAAAAGACAACCUGAGCCUCGGGACGGCAGGGGAAGGAACAAAACGGUCGCCACUGCUGCUUCGGAGGAGAAAGGAGAGAACUCGUUUGAGAAAGAGAGAGAGAAAGACAUCCCACCACUGACUUCCUCACUUCAGAAAGACUCUCGACAGCCUGAUAUUAUUAUGCCGUUGGCCCAAGAGUCAGACGCCUCAAAGACUUCCUCUGAAUCCAAACUCCCUCGGGCAUCAUCAUCAUCAUCAGACACUGGUCUCCAACUCCCACAGAAGUCCCCUCAGAAAGACCAGGCUCAGUGCUGUCCUGAAGGACCGGGAACAGAGGAAUCAACUGUGGAACCAGAGAGAGGUCCCUCGUCCCAGCUAGAGCCACCAGCAGACCCUGUCCAGUCUGACACUACAACACCCCAGCUGGUCCCUUCUAAGAGACUCCACCAGCCUUCUCCUCCUGGGGGCAAACACACACAUCCCCAGACUGAGGAGGCAGCAGCCACCCCCUCACUUAAAAGAGCCAGGUUAAAUAGUGGAGCAGUGGUGGUGGUCUUGGAGAAAAGGGAUUCAGCUGUUACGUCAGGAGAGAAGGCAACAAGUUCCAACACGACAGAGGGGCAGCUGGGAAAGAAAAAGGCCAACAAGCGUAAACUGGGCAUCCUCGAGAGUGCAGUGAGAGAAUUCGAGGGGUCAGAUGAGUCAGGGAAUGAGGAUGACGAUGAUACUCCAGACCUGGCUGAGAUUGCUGGCCCUGUACCAGUCCCAGGCCGGGAGACUCAGACACCAGUAGCUGCCCCCCAGACAGAGAAUAGCUCUGCUCAGAUACAGCCCCAGCCUGCUGCCCAAGAGAAGAGCUCAGAGACCCAGCCUGAGGGCCAACUACCCGAGGCCAGUGGUCCCGCAAUGAGUGGGUCGGCCCCAAAUGCACCAACGGUCCCAAAUGCACCUGCAACGAGUAUCCAUGUCCCGAAAGACCCUGCUAUCCCGUCCACUUCGACAGUUCCUCACCUGUUCCUGUUUGAGCGUGACUCCCAACAGGCGGAGGAAGAGGAGCCUUCCCAGCCCUUCUCCCAACUCCAGCUCCAGGAGGCCAAGCGGCUGGUCCUCAGCCUGAUGAGGGAAUCCAAACUGGGGCUGGUCGCUGUCACCAAGGCGCUCCUGAAAAACAGUGGAGAUGUCUCCGCUGCCCUGAGAGACCCACUGAUGAUGCCUAACGUAGGGAACGGGGUUCAGCAGGUCCCUCAAUGGGAACGUCAUGACGACCGCCUGCUGCUGUCGGCUGAUCCUUCGGAACUCCAGAACAAGUUUGGGGAAGAGGGAGUGGCCAAGAGGAUGGCUUUCCUCUAUGCAGAGUGACACUGGGGGGGUUCAAUAGUAUGCAACGUUGUGCGACCUUUAGUUCUGAACAACACGUUUCCACCCCCCCAAAAAAGCUACCCACCAUUCUUCAACAUUCUUUGAGGUAUGAUUGCUCCUGUUUGGUCGGUGUGGCCUGAUCAAUAUGGGUCCGACAUUACCUUUUUAAAUCGCAAAAUUUCAUGUAGCCAGCACACCAUAAACAAUCGUACCUCUAACAAUAAUUACAAUGUUGUUUCCUACUGAAUGCGUUCCUGUGUUGUAUUGGACAAUGGAUAAAAACAGGAAGGACUACCUUAGCCCUUGAUCAUGACUGGCAGUUCUAUUCUAUUAUAAAAUAAGAGUCCUUGGACGAAGGCGCAGUCUGUACGGGAGAGUUUUGUUAAGAGUUCCGACGCUCGGUCUGAACAUUUAACGAGCAUCGUUUUGCGGAACGGUUUUGGAAGCAUAACGACUUUAUCUUUCAUUUAAGCAAGAAGGCUAAAUUCAUACACACCUUUUAUAGGGUUCCCACACGGCCGUAUCUCCAUUUAAGCACUAGUUUAGGGAAAAGAUACGGAGGACAGAGUGGACUACCUGUGCUAGUUAGUUAUCAGCGUCUCCGAACACCUGUGUGUAAAUGGUAGAUGACACACGGUGUUGUCACUGAAAAAUACUGUCGGCUGCAACUGUGUUGAAACCGGUUAAAACGGAGUACAGUGUUUAUUUAGUGUAUUUUGCAUUUGAGAAAUUAUUUUGAUGUGAUAUGUAAAGAACUUUUAUUUUUCUAUAACCUUACCGCAAAUUGAGAAUCGAUUCAUGUUUAGUUGGGAGUAUUUGGCCAUUUUCCAGAGCCACUUUAAAUAGAACACGUAACGUCAUUGGACUAUAAGGAAUAACAUUAGCCUCCUUUUGUCUAUUGUAGGGCUAGGACUACCUGAACUUGUCCAACAAGAAUAAUAGUUAUCAAAGUGUUAUACAAUUUUAAAUAGUUUUUCUUUCUCUGACAUGUUUGUUUUUUUAUUGAUUGAUUGCGGACGCUAAUAUAACCGUACACUUUGUGCUUCAGGAAAUGUUUUUUUAAUCUUUAUUCUGUUCCAUUACAUUGCACACUAAUCAUUGGAGGAAGGUAUCUUCUGUAACGGGGGAGUUUUGUUAAGUGCCCCCCGACACUCGGUCUGAACAUUUAACACGCAUCACUUGUGGUACUGUUUUUGGAAGCGUAAGGACCUUAUCUUAAAAAAAAAAAAAAAAAACAGUUGAAUUGAUACACACUGUUUUAGUGUUAGGGUUCCCACAAUGCCAUAUUUCCAUGUUACAGAGCUUGUUUACGGAAGACAGAGUGGACUACCUGUGCUAAUUAGAUAGCUUCAUCUCCUGUGUGUAAACGAUGGACGCCACAAACGUGUUGUCACUAUAAAAUAUGGUCGGAUGCAACUGUGUUAAAACAGUGUAAGUGUGUAUUUUGAAAUUGUGAAAUUAUUUUUGGACGUGAUAUGAAAGUAGAGAGAUUUAUGUUUCUAGAACCGUACCGCAAAUUGAGAAUCGAUUUACGUUUAGAUGGAGUGUUUUGUCUGUUCUGGCUUCCAGGGCCACUUCACCUUUAACAGAACAUGGACUUUAACACUCCUUGGACUAAGGAGUAACAUUGGGCUCAUUAUAGUCAGUCCAUUAUUGGGCUAUGAAAUGCCAUGUCCCAUGUAAGAUGGCACAUUUUAACUUGUAAUAUUUUAACUUUUGUAAUGUGUCUGUUUGGAAUUCAAAAUGUGCUAUUUUUUUCAAUAGUAAACAUGAUACAUAUGUGAAAUAUACUGUAUGCAUAUGAUGAUUUGUGACAAUCUGCCAAUGUAAUAAAGUAACUGAUGUAAUUCGCUUCAUAA